UCUGCGCCGAUGUAGCCAAAGGGAGAAAGGCUUAGCAGACCGCAUGCAGCCAGGCAGGCAGUCGGGCAGGCGAGCAGAGACAGCUCAGUCUCAUUAAAACCUCGUCUGCAGACCCUCCGCUGGUCGCGCGCAUUACUACUACAACUCCUCGCGGUGCCUCCUCCUCCUCCUCCUCCUCCUCCUCCUCUGCUGCUGUCGACGGACCCCGAAAUCCACAGCGACACGCGCGUAAAGGAAGGUGCUGAUGAGAGGGGGACCCACCCGGGGCAAUGGAGCCGAACCCGAGCCGUUAACCGGUUCCAACGCGCACGCGCUACACCUGCACGAGAGAUCAAACGUCGGUGAGGAUAAAGGCGCCAUGGCGAAAAUGGACAAGAUCUGAACUUUGCAGGAUCUGUCGGAGGAUUAUUGCACGAGCCCACAAUCUGCCCGGCGGUGUGAGAGACGAGGGAAGGGAGGGAAGGGAUCAGAGUGUUGCAUCGCCCCUGUCGAAAGGAGUAGCCCGACGUUAUGGCGCGCGGUGACGGUCGUUUGGGGACCUGGCAGGUGCUGCUGACCAUCUCGCUGGUCAUCGUCCCCCUGUCGGCUCACGGGAGGCAUUCACUGGUCAGGCACCACCAUCACCACAACCAGUCAUCUGUCAGCAAGGAGGCCUUGAACACCAGGAUGGUGCUUAGCGACGACUCGGCGGAGAGGGAGCACCUCAUCGGGGCAGGGCUCGGCACUAGCACCAAGAUCCCGCUCAGCUCCACCAAACAUCACCGUCCUCACAAACGCGUCCACCUAGAUUUUGUAGAAGAGGAGCCACCCGCUGGGGAGGAGCUGACUGCGGGAGGCGCGGGCCCGGACCAGCCGGGGAACCCUUUGUCCGACGACGUCAUCACCGUGGAGUUUCACAGUCCUGCGCCAGAUAUUGUGCCGUCUGACGUCGCUGUCAAAUGGGCGAAAGUCCCCAAACCCCAGAAGCAGAAAGGAGGUGACCCGACAGCGUGGACUCUUUCCGAUUUUUACGACUACCUGUCCCCCGACGACGACCUCUCGACGUUAGACACGACCCCGGAACCCGAGCCCACCCCUUCGCCUCCAGCCGACAUGGAGGAUGAGAAUCCGCUCCUGGCUGGCUCUCCUGCUGCUCCUGAAAGCCCAGACGUGGACAGUAGCCCGUCCUUACCCGCUCCUCCCAUGUCAGGGCCAGACAAGGGUGAAGGGGUGCCGGACAUGGGUGGCGCCAUUGGGCCCGGAGGCUGCAGGCUGGGCUUUGUGCUGUCCGGACCUGGGGUGUGCGUGUCUCAGUGUGACAUUGAGCCCAAUUUCUGCUUCAACGGAGGGGUGUGCACCGUAGUGGCCGGAAUGGGAGCCUUCUGCAGGUGCAAUGUGCAGGACUAUAUCUGGAACAAAGGCACCCGCUGCGACUGGGCGGUCACCGAGUUCCAGGUGUUGUGCGUGGUGGUGGGCGUGGCCUCCUUUGUGCUCCUCCUGCUCUUCAUGAUCGUCGUGUUCUUCGCCAAGAGGCUGCACCGCCUCAAGAACGAGAACAGGCGCCUUCGCAAACGCAGUAAGUACCGCACACAGAGCAGCGAGCCACAGACGGACGGCCUCUCGGUUUCCACAACAGCCGACGGCUCACAGCCAAACGUAAGGAAAUUGUGUGACACCCCUCCGCUCGCUCCCCAAGCUCACACUCACAACCUGGCGUACUAUGACAACAUAAUCUGUCAGGAUGAGCCGCAGAAGCAGGACGACCCGGCGAAGUCCCCCCAAGCCAAGGAGGAAGGGUCCAUGAACAUCCUCAACUCUCACUCCCCCAAGCACGAGAACAACCGCCCGGCCUCUGUCCACCACGACCACGGCCUCACCCCUAACAACACAGAGGAAAACGCCGAGGAUGGAGUCACUAUUGGCCUGGAAGUGCUACUCCCCAAAGACGCCAAGCUCCACCCGGAGGCCAACCCGCCCCUCCAGUAUGACGUCUUCCUCUACAAAUACGCCAACAAUGGAGACACCACCUCUCCCAGCCAAGGCCCUACUUCUCACUCCAACUCUUACGCCGCCUCUCACCCCGUUUCUAAAUCACCCAAAACACCUAAGACGCCCAAGUCACCCAAAACACCCAAGACGUCCAAGUCGCCCAAACACAAGAAGGAGCGUUCGCCCAGUAACCGUGAACCCUUGUCCGCGAGGCACUCCUCACCCGCCCGUCACCACUCACCCGGUCGUCAUCAUUCCCCAAGUCGUCACUCCGCCCCUGGUUGUUACUCUUCCCCCCCCACCUGUCAUCCCUCCACCCACCACUCCCCCUCCCAGUACAAAUGCAUGGCCUCCUGCUCAUCCACCCCUCCUCAGCUGCGCAGACCCCGGGGCCGGUGUCCUGGUCCGGGCUCGUCGCACCCGGGGACCGGCGGAGAGUACCAGCACGGGCACAUUUAUCCAUCCCCCUCAUCCCCUCAUCUUACCCAGCCUCCUCCAUCACCGUCCACGGUGAAGUACAGCCCGGUCAGCACCCGGUCCCUGCCUCCGCUCUGCUGACCAGGCCCUCACACAGUCCAGCCCGUCAUCUGUACAUCCAAAUGCACAAACAUCUGUCACGUUCUAAUCCAUCCAGUGAUUUGACCAUCAGGCUCUAACCUUCUUUUUUUAAAAAAAAAAAAAAAAUAGUGAUUUAUAGACCUCUUAUCCAUCUGUUCAUCGUUGCACACUGGCUGAUAACUUUUACACCCAAAGGACGAGGACAACAUCUGGUCGUGGUCCGGAAAACUGGAACUGGGACACCUCUGCUCAUACCACUUACUCUGAAAUCCAAACACACACACAAAGAAAAUAAUCACUGUGUAGUCGCUGCAGUCACACGUUCGCGACGUUUUUGUACACUACAACCUCUCAAAACUCAGGUUUCUUCUCACUCAAGCACAAAACAAACCCUGCAAAUUUCUUGUAAGCACACUUUCCUAGCAUGGUGCCAAUGUCAGCGACAGCUGAGGAUCUUGUUCAUAAAGUUUUCUUAGAGUUUUAUAGUGAUGUUAUCGACUGUUUCUAUAAAAAUCUUUUGCUAUUCAUUGUGAACAGUUAUUUCAUGUUUUCAUAGGCUUUUUUUGUAUAUUUUUUUCAUGUUUCUAAUCCUCAAUAAAUAGAUUAUACA